UUCUUGUCCAACAAAUAUACAACCAACAGGACCUAGCCACGCAGCAAAAGUCGGAAAAGGAAGGUAAGAGGUUUGAUCCACUCGAAGAGGAGAAAAAAAGACCCUGGGGUUGAGGCUGGACCUUUUCGCGAACAAAAAGCGUUGCCUCACCGCAUCAGACGCGGACACAGACCCAACAGUCAAAAGCCCACCAGGUCGGCCGACGCUUUCUACCCAGCACUUGGCACGAUGUAUUUAACCAGCGCGAUGCACAAGGGGGAAACCAAACGCCACCAACGUUUGUGUCUUCUCUCAGUUGUGGGCGAGACAACAAACAGCGCCCGGUCCCACACUUCACCCGUCCCGUUGACCGUACCACGAAAGACAUGAUACCAACACACGCCAUCAAGCUCGUUCCAAUACUGGCGUCCGCCGCCUAUGGCCUGCAGUUUACAGGGCCGGACACCAACACGGACCUCAAUCUAUCAGCGCCCAUCACCGUCUCAUGGGAGCACAACGUUGCCGAAGCCGAUGCCAGCUGGACCGUCUUCGACCUCUCCUGGCACGGGGAAUCCGUCCGCAGCAGCUCCUUUUCGUACACGCUCCAGGAGAACAUCAGCGUCUCGACCGGUGGACAGUACGAAUGGGAUCCAGCCCCAAUUCGAGAGGCGUUGGUUGCAGGGAUCGGCAAGCUCUCGUCUGACAAAGCGUUCUACUUUACGGCCAAGCUUCACUCACCGGAUGCACCUGGGCGUGGUUCUGUUACCCAGAGCGCCAAGUACGCGGUUGAGGAUGGGGAUUUGGUGGAGAGUCCCGGGAACGCCGUGAGCCCAUCGCAGGGCUUCAUCCUCCUUUCUCUCGUUGCGUCCAUUGUACUGUUUUAGAGCCCGAACAUAAGCGAGUGAGACAGAAAACAACUUGGACACGAAAAUGCGUGAUGCGUCGACUUGAAUGGUUUCAAAACCCUCUACAACGCAUCAUGGUGUCUAGAAGCAAUAGGUCUAACAGACAGCUUGUCGCGCAAGCUAUCAGUACCAACUCAAAACCUCGUGCGUAGGCUGCAGCUGCUCUAGUCACAUAACAU